AAUUAAAACCAAAACAAGAUUUAAUUAAUUAUAGUAUUCUCAACACAAUUCAAGGCAUCUAAACCACAAAGAAUUAAUGCUAUGUAACUCCAUUCCUAAAUAAUAAAUAACAUAACAAGCUAUAUAAUAUAGAUUUUUAUUUACACAAUCGCCUGUUUUUAUUCUCUGUUCCCGUGGGCAAUUAGUUUUUAUUUUAUUUUAUUUUAUUUUUACACAUGGUGAUUUUGCACAUUUUCUUUCUUUUGUUUCGCUUGUCCAUGAUUUUUACUUGUAUUCCCUUGGGUAGAACAUUUUAAUUAAAUCAAUUAAUUAUUUUAUUGUAGAUAUUUUGUAUAAAGGUUUUUAGCUUAGGAUAUUUUUAUCACUUGAAAAUGUAACUCAGUUACGAAAAGCUUCGUGCUACUUUAUAAAUUAAAAAUAAAAUUUUAACAUGUGUUUUUAAAACUUUUCUUAUUAGCUUCCAACACGCAUUGCAUUUCUUUUAAACGUUGGAAGUAAUCCACGCAACGGGGAGACUUACAUUGAAACCUGUGAAAAGCCUGGAAAUCACUUUGCAAUUGCAAUAGUUUCUGACAGAACUACCUGCACAUAUGGUGAUUCGUUGGGUUGGAUGGCCCCAAUUGAAUUAAAGGAUCUCGUUGACCAAUACUGCAAAGUUCUUUACGGCGAAGGUGAUGUUAACAUCGUGGAAUGUCACAAGCCACAUUCUGGUAAUGGGAAACACAAAUGCAAUACUGGCUGUUCUGUAUUUUAUCCUCUUCAGAACGAUGGAAACAUUUGUGGUGUGGUAGCUAUCGUAAUUCUAUCUAUAGCUGUUUUAUGACCAGCAUAUUUCAGAACUUUACUUGGAUUCGAUAAGAAGUCUGGAUCAAAACUUCCCUUCAUUUUUCUAUGCGAUCCAACUAAAUACCGUCGUUAUUUUCGCUCUGUAAUAAUGACUUGGUUUAGCGAAGAGAAUAUGGAUGUGUCUUUUGUAUUGCCGAAUUACGAGGAUGAUGAAGCAAUAUCAGAUUCAGUUUUGGACAGCGAAAUUCAUCGCGUUGAUUUAGGGCAACAGGUAGCCGAGAUUAAAGAAAUUGAUCCAAAUAAGACCACGCAACAAACAAAAUCAAAUGGGAAUGAUUCAAUAAGCGAUACAAAGAAUAAAACUAAAAACGCUGUAAAAAGUGGAACGAAAAACCAAGCGAACCUUAAUGAGUACAAAUGGCAUGUUUGCGGCGUAGCUGCAUCAACUCGAUUCAACUUAAAACGUCACAUUUCUCGGUAUCACAAAAAAGAAGAUGUCGCGAAAGCGCAAGACGGAAAUUGCAUUUGCCUGGAGUGUGGUUAUAGGUGUCGAUAUAUUACAGACCUGAGAAAACAUUUACACAAGCAACACUUAAAAGUAUUCCGAACAGAAAGAAUCACUUUUGAUGACAAUUCUGCAUUUCAAACGUGGAAAGAUGAUACUGAAACAUCAAAUCAUUGCAGUUUUGUUAUACUCUCGGGGAAAGUCAAAAACAAACAAAAUGAAGCUCAACAGUAUUACCAAUGUAAUCGGUGUGGACAAUACAAACCGAACAGGAAAGGAAAAAGACGCGUUAAGAUGUCAGGUACGCUAUCUUUCAUACCUAUAUUGUGCGUUGGUAUUAAACAUAUAACAAUGUUUCUGAAAUACUAGGGAAAUUCUAAUUUCAUUGUUCUCUCUUACUGUAGGAACCUGCAAAAUAUAAUGAAAAAAUAGUACCAUCACGAUCAAAGCUACUUUUCACGCUGACGGUAAAGUAACGGCAGACAAAUGCUACACCCACUAUGGCCAUGAAAAAGAACUAGAACAUACAUGGAUACCAAAGUCUAGCAGAAAUAGUAUUGGAUCCAAAUUACAACAGGUAUAUUAUAGCGCCUUUACGCACUAGUGUUUUCCCUUUUCUGGAUUAAGAUCGCCAAGUUUAUGUUUAUUAACUACAGGGUGUUUGGCGGGAUAAAAUCCUGAGCGAUAUUAGAGAAACAGUUACAGAUGACGGACUACAUAGAAUCCAUUUGACAUCAGCACAAGAUCUUGAAAACUUGAAAAGAGCUUUUCAAAUAAACGACAUUCAGCGUCACGUCAAUGACCAUGAAAGUGUUUUGUCUUGGAUUCAGCAAUGGAAAUCCGAUCCGUACAACCCUGUGCUGUACUAUAAAAUGCAAGGAGAAGAAGACAAGGAAAAAAAAUUAAAAACGGAUGAUUUUAUAAUAAUUAUUCAAACGGAGUCUCAAAAGAAUAUGUUUCAACGAUUCGCCAAGAACGGAUUGUGUUGUGAUUCUACGAAUGGAAC